GCCUGCCCACCCAGCUCCCCCCACUCCCUCCCCACAGCACAGUGCUAAGGGCCCAGCGCCCCGGCAGCCUGGCAGGGCUGCGGGAGGGGACGGAGGGCCUGACUGGCCUGUCAGUAGUGACCCUGCCCCUUCCCCUGCCCAUGCAGCGGGGCCCCAGCCUUGGGGUGCUGAUGAGGUGACCAGGACAUGGCUCACGUGCAUCAAGGCAGGAAACAAUUUUUCCCUUCCGGCCCAGGAGAGUGAGUCAGCCUCACAUUAAUGGAUUGUGAAAACAGAGCCAGGAAUGUCCUGGUUCUCCCCGAGAGACCCUGCCAUAACAGAGGUGUCUGAUGAGAGUCCCCACAAUAAUAAGGCGGCAUGUGCAACAGAAUGAGAGACCCUACAACAAUUGAGCAAUGUGUGCAAUGUGUACAGGAGACCUCCGGACAAUCAGGAACGUGUGGAUUAGCUCCCAUGGGCCGGAUUGUGGGGGGCACAGAUGCGCAGGCCGGGCAAUGGCCUUGGCAGGUCAGCCUGAAUUUUCAGGGUGCUCAUGUGUGUGGCGGCUCUCUCAUUUCCCCCCAGUGGGUGAUCACCGCAGCGCACUGCUUCCCACCGGAAAACCCCAUCGCCAACUAUGAGGUGAUGCUUGGAGCCUUCCAGCUGACCAAUCUCCCAGCUGACAUUGUGGUGGUUGGGGUGGAGCAGGCCAUCAAGAACCCCGGCUACACAGAUGAGGUCUCUGGCGGGGACCUUGCCCUGGUGAAAUUGAAAAAGCCCGUCUCCUACACGCGUAGAAUUCGCCCCAUCUGCCUGCCGUCCGCUUCCGUCAGCUUCCCCAGCGGCAUGACCUGCACCGUGACUGGCUGGGGGAAUGUGCUUACUUCUGUCAGCCUGCCCAGUCCCAAAACCCUGCAGCAGCUGGAGGUGCCCCUGAUUGGGCUGGAGACCUGCCGCUGCCUCUACAAGAUCACCGCCAACCCAGAGGAUCCCCACGUGAUCCAAGACGACAUGAUGUGUGCGGGCUACGCCGAGGGCAAGAAGGACGCCUGCCAGGGUGACUCCGGGGGACCCCUGUCCUGCCAUGUGGGCAAUGCCUGGCUGUUAGCUGGGGUGGUGAGCUGGGGGGACGCAUGCGGGUCCCCCAACCGGCCUGGCAUCUACACCCGCACCUCGGCCCACGCAGCCUGGAUUAAACAGAUCAUCCCGGCGGUGGAGAUGAGUGACGUGCGUGUGAAUCAGGAGCCAGUCUCGGAGGAGGGGCUGUGCCCCAACACCACCAGUCGGCCUGGCCCCUAUGAUGGCAUCCAGCCCCAUCCUGACUGGCCCCGGCCAAUCUCCCCCAACAAGCCAUUGGACCACGCUACCUCCCAUGUCCUCGCUUCCAGCCUGCUGUUCUUCUGUCUGCUACUUCACGUACUCCCUGCCCUAUAGCACCUCUACUCUCAAGGUCAACUCAGUGUGAGACCCCACCCCCCUAUGGCAGUCCAGGGGCAUCCUGCCCUCCUCCCAAACUCAGCAGGAUGGUCCCAAGAUUUCAAAGACUUGGUUUCCCUCCCCAUCCCCUUAUUGUCCCCGUUUGUGUCCCGUGUUGUGCUGCUCUGUCAUGACUAGGGCACCAAGCUGGCAGCAGCCCUGUUCACGGCAACGUCAUUUCUGCCUCCGGUCCUGCAGACCCCCUAAGUUUGGUCAACAGGGUCCUGCAAACCUCUCCCAAGCCUCCCUCUGGGAUGGAGGCUCACGCCAGCCCCUCCAGCCUCGCUCUGACCGCCCUCAAGGGCCCCACUCUGGGAGAAUCAGGGCCCUAGCAGUAGGCAGCUCCCCGACCCCUGUUCCCAGGCCUGGUUCUGUCACUAUGACACCGCCUAGGGCAGCCUAACAGCUCCCAAUCUCCCUCUUCCCACCCUGAUUUUUCCAGGGCGACUCCGGGGGACCCCUCUCCUGCCAAAUGGGUAGUGUCUGGCUGCUAGCUGGAGUGGUGAGCUGGGGGGAUGCAUGUGGGGCCACCAACCGGCCCGGCGUCUAUACCCGCGCCUCAGCCCAUGCUGCCUGGAUCAAGGAAACCGUUCCAGAGGUAGAGCUGAGCAACGAGAGCGUGGGUCUGGAGCCAGUCUCUGAGGAGGGGCUGUGCUCGAGGGCAGCUGCUCAUCUCCUGGCCCCCUGGCUGCUCUGCUGGGCCUUUCUGAGCCUGGUCCAGGCAGGGUAACCCCACCCUCGCCAACUCCCAAGCGUAGAGAUGCAAGGGGGGGGAGAGGAACUUGGGGGCAUGGGAUCUGCCACUGUGAUCGUAGUGACUUGGUGGCAGAUACCCCAGCAGAACUGGAUUUUGCCCCCUACUUCCCCUCCCCACAAAGCUAUUUUCAGGGUACCUACCCGGGCAGCCCCUUGCCUGUGGUUGUCCCCAAAGGAUUCUGGGAGAAGGCAGAUUGGCCCCAGAAGAGGGGUGCUCUGGGAAACGUUCCCCUCGUCCUUACACCUGUGUCACGCAGAAACAGCUGGGUUCCAGUCCUGGCGUGAGUCAAGCCGAUGGGCUCUAACGUGACACAUCUGGCAGGAAGCUCUCGGCUCCUCAACGUCAGCUGAACCCCCAGGGCUGGGCCAGGUGGCACCAGCUGAGCUGGUUUUUCCGCCUCUGGAGAGUCACUGAGUGAGGGCAGGUUCAAAGGGAUCGGAGCUCAUCACACGCAUGAGCUAGGGACUAUUAGCACAUGGGACUUUUGUCUACCUGUCUUUUAUCUGGGGCAUAAGGCCAGACCUCCUGCUUGUUCUAAGUCAGGGGUGGGGUAUGGAAGGGCUGUUUGACUCCAGAUGAAAGGCUUCAUAAAGAGGGUAUUAGCCCUGUAUUAUGGGAAA